AAACAAGACUUAUCUUAUUCAAUUGUCAGUCUGAUUUUUACUUAGGCUUGCUCAAUCAAUACCCGAAAAAAUAUUUUCGUAUUAAUAUAAUAAGUCAUGAGUGGAGUGCUGCUAGUCGAUUAACUAACCAGUGAAAUGCCCAACCGAUAAAUCGGGGUAUCGAAUAAGCAAGGCUACAAAGCAGCUCCAGCUGAUUGGAAACCGAGGCAAUCGAAAUUGUUGGGGCACUGGCAGAGGCACUGACGAUACAUCAAUUAAAUUCAACUUAAGACAUAGUUUUUUUGAUUGAAGGAGCUCAAUAUGCUCUCGAAUUGUGCUGCAAAAACGCUGGCCGCUGUCCGGGGUAGCCUGCGCACCAUUGCCACCAGCAGUGCACAGCGUAGUGACAAUCUCUUCGUGCACCGUGACACGCCUGAGGAUAAUCCCAGCAUACCAUUCGAGUUCAGUGCGGAGAACAAAAAGCGUGUGGACGCCAUCCUAAGCAUCUAUCCGGAGGGACACAAGCGGGGCGCGAUGAUACCGUUGCUCGAUCUGGCGCAGCGACAGUACGGCUGGCUACCCAUAUCGGCCAUGCACAAGGUGGCCGAUAUUCUCGGCCUGCCCAAUAUGCGCGUCUACGAGGUGGCCACCUUCUACACAAUGUUUAUGCGCAAGCCGACUGGCAAAUACCAUAUUCAGGUGUGCACCACAACGCCCUGCUGGCUGCGCGGCUCCGAUGAAAUCCUUGAGCAGUGCAAGAAGCAGCUGGCCAUUGGCGUUGGCGAGACCACAAAGGACAACAAGUUCACCAUAUCUGAGGUUGAGUGUCUGGGCGCCUGCGUCAAUGCGCCGAUGGUGUCCAUCAAUGAUGACUACUAUGAGGAUCUGACUGCUAAGGAUAUGCAGGAUAUUCUGAGCGAUCUGAAAGCCGAUAAGAUCUCUCCUCCCGGACCACGGAAUGGACGCUUCGCCAGCGAACCCAAGGGCAACCCCACUUCUCUAAGUGAGGAGCCAAAGGGUCCCGGUUUCGGUCUGCAAGCUGGCCUCUAAACCUAGUUGAUCCCUAGCUUACUUUGAACUGUACACGCAUACAUAUUUUCUCCUUGGUGCACCUUGAGCAACACACGAAAUACAAAUACAGAUUGUCAAACAGCAGAUACAAAUGCAAUAAACCCUAAGAAAACAAGGCUAUUAAUUUAAA